UGAGAAGUGAGGAUUUAGGGGUAAUGCAGCUUACAAAUGGUCAAAAUUAUAUGCUCCGUAUGUAAAAAGGGUUGACGAACAUGAGUCUAUCGGCUUUUUGCUUCUCUCUGGAAAAUACGGUCCAUUAAGUACACUGUAUACACUGCCUUUAUCCUGAAAGUGCACACAGCACACCGGAUGGCGGAUAGUGUGUAAAGCUGCCAAGUCCGGGAAUCUAUACCGAGCGAGCUAGUUUUACCGCAGCUCGAAAUUCUCAAUUCCGGAGUUUCUUACUCUACAUGCUUACGAGCUGUUUUAGGUCGAAUGGCUAGUCAUCCUCGCCUUCGAAGCAACACUGCUUCGGAUCUCAUAAGUCAACUGCCAGAAGAUAUCAAGCACAGAAUCUUAGAGUGUCUAAACACUCGAGAAGUGGCAAGAACUGCCGUUCUGUCAAAACAGUGGAAUGACGUUUGGCUAAGACAUGGUCGGCUUGUUUUUGAUUGGGAUUUGGGAGAUCUUUUAGGGGGCAAUAUAUGUUUGAAAAUGAUAACUAAUGUUCUAUUGCUUCGUUCUGGACCAGUUAAGAAAUUCACCCUGGCGAUUUCCAAAUUCGAACCUGCUCUGAAGCAGUCUGAUAUAGAUGUCUUGUGUCGUUUUCUAUCAAGAAAUGGUAUUGAGAAACUUCACCUCUCUAUUGAUGCUGAUGGAGACACAGGAGAGUACUACACAGUGCCUGUUUGUGUAAUUUCCUGCCCAACAAUUAAACAACUGCAACUUGGUUAUAUGUAUUUUUGUUGGCCUGUUAAUACUCAACCAGCUAGUAUGUUUUAUGGGGUCACUUCUCUAAAGUUCCAUUUUAUGGAGUUUAAGCCCAAUGAUACUGGAAUUCUCCCGAGUAUUCCUCAUCUUGAGAUACUGGUGUUUUUUGAUUGUGAUGGGAUAAAUCAUUUUGUGAUCAGUGCUCCUAAACUUAAAUGUUUGAGCUUUGCUACUAGGAUCGUGGCUGAAUGGAAAUUCUUUGAGCUUCACUUUCCAGUGAUUGAGACUCUCCGUUUUUCUGUGUGUCCAUUAUAUAACAAAGCUACUGCUGCAAUAAAUGUGCAAGAGAGGUUCCCCAUUGCUACAAAUUUGCAAGUGAUUAAGUUGACUAAUUUCAGUUUUGCUCACACGAAGUGCAUCACUCUUGUUAUUCAAUUGCUCCGGAAAUGCCCCAAGCUACACAAACUGGAAAUAAAUUCGAUGGAAUAUAGGCAUUGUAUGAUAUAUGGCAGAGAAUUUCAAUGCCCUGAUCCAACUAGUUUGAAAGAUCCAGAAAGUUUGUUUAAUGAUCAAGAUCUGUGCAAGCUUAAAACGGUGAAGAUGAAAGAGUUCAGAGGAUUAAGAGGAGAAAUGCUUUUUAUUGAAGCAAUCCUUUCAAAGUCUCCUGUCCUUGAGGAAGUUUUUAUUAUGGAAUCGGUAGGCAUUGAUGCCUCUGUGGCUUUCAAAAUGACAAGGGAGAUGACCUCCUUCCCUCGUGCGUCUCCAAAAGCAAAAAUUGUCUUUGGGGACCCCAAAGGUAGCUAGGCUGCUCUAUUCCGUGAAUAACUGCAGUAGUUUAUCAGGUGAAUUUAACUCCACAGGUUCUGUUUGUGUAUCUGUUACUCUGAAUUCUAAGCACUUGUUUUGUAAGAAAAUUGAUGUUAACUCAAAUUUCUGAAGUUUUAUUUUGUGAUUAAGGGUUCUUUGAUUUUCA